AGACAACCACAAGGGAAUGAUAAUAUUCUCACAACAGUGGCAAGUGAGGCAAUGUUGAUCCGUCACAAGUUGUUACAAACUAUACCGCGUGAGGAAAUAUUGGAGCAGACAAAAAGCGUACUCAAGCUUACCAUUGGGUCAGAACUGGGCGAAGGCAGUUUCGGUAAAGUAUAUCAGGGAACAGCCCAGGUGGCCCUGAAGAUACCAAAAGAAAGGGGUCGAUCAGAUUUUAUAAAUGAAGUAAAAAUUUUAAGUUGUUUGAACCAUCAAAACAUUGUAGCCUUUCUAGGAAAUAAAAAAGGAGCAAUGGUGAUGGAGAGGAUGGAUGAGGAUCUCCAUCAUCUUAUUGAAAGAAAAGGUGCUAGUCUAAGGAUUGACUCCAUAAUGGGGUUUGGUUUAGGUCUUGCCUAUGGACUGCAGUAUCUGCAACAACUGGGAAUUCUUCAUCUGGACUUAAAGAGUAAAAACGUCUUGAUAAAUAAUAACCCAGAAAUUGCCAAAUUAAGCGACUUUGGCUUGUCAAAAGUAGUAACGGAAGAUAACGUGGGACAUGAAGUUCUGCACUAUGAUGGGCAGUUAUAUGAUAGCAAUUCUAUCUUCCCUGAGUCGCUUAAGGUGAGCAAGAGCGGUAUUUUUCUUCCCUGCGUUAAUUUUUUACUUAGUGGUUUCGUUACAGGAUUACUUGAAUUAAAUGCUUGCUUUCACACGUUAUUGAAGCUGUAGUUAGGUACUAGGUAGAUAGGUAGCUUAUGACCAACUACACAUACGCAACAGACAAGGGAAUGCGAAUGACUUUGUAAACGCUAAAAGCCAUGCAAGAGAGAAACCUCUGCUCAUAGACAGAGAACAGCAAAAAGCAAAUAAAGAAAACUGAACUUAAUCUAUGAUACUUUCUCUCCUCGCAAUCAAUAUUAUCACUUAAUGUUUAUGUUUAAUGUUGGUGGUAAAGAGCUUUAUGGUCUUUUAGCUCAAGGGUACUGUUAUAACUUUAGAGAAUUUUGCUCUCUCAUCACGCUUUUGCCUUUCCCUCCCACUGUGGAGCCUGGUCCCAGACUAUUAUAACAUUAACUGUUCCUUUCUGUUUUACAGUUUUUGUAAACCAUUUUACUACUGUUUAUUUCAGACGGAUAUUUGGAACGUAGGUUGGGUUAUUUUUGAAAUGGCGGUAUGUCGAUCGCCAGAUCUUGGGAAACUGUCUUGUCUGGUUAAACAAUCGAGUGGAAGAUUUCCAGACCUUGAUGAGUUGGUGACAAAGUGCACCCGUGAGAUUGUUCCAGGUGGUCGCCGUGAAGUGUUUAAAAAAUUCCCAGACCUGAAAGAGCUGGUUACUAAUUGCAUCCAGUUCUUUCCAGCUAGUCGCCCUACAAUAUUCCAAGUGAUAAACAUCCUGAAAGAAUAUUUUAUGUCUCCCUAA